GCAUUGAUCCCGCGCGGCGCCUUCGUGCCGUGUGUCCCGCAGCUCUCCCGCCAUCUUGUCAAGCUGUUGGGCGUGUGGUUUAGCCUUGUACUUUCUCAAGCCAUGGCUAUGGAGGCACAGGCUCAAUCUAAGAACCUUGAGAACGUCAAGAAAGAGCCGCAGACACCCAAGGCCAAUGAAAACAGUGAUAACGCCAACAGUUUCCGUGGCGGCGGGCGAGGCGGCAGAGGAGGAUUCCGGGGAAACCGGGGUGGCGGCGGCGGCCCUGGCGGCGGCAGGGGCGGCGGGCCCGGCUCCGUGCAGACCUCCACUCCGGUCCCCGGAGGCAUUGGUAGUCUGGGCGCCACCAAUCAGGGCAUCCCUGGCGGCAUAGGAUCUCUUGAAGGGGGUCGCGGCGGCGCCCACAAUGUCGGGCGUGGCGGCGCCCACCACGCCAACAGCACCCCAGGCCACGCUCCCAACAGCAACGCCGCCAACAAUGCCGACGCCAGACCGGAUCACCACCGGGGCGGCGGCGGCGGCGGCGGCUACUACAGGGGCGGCCGAGGGGGUCGAGGGCGUGGAGGAGGCGGCGGCGGCGGCGGCUACGGCGGCGACAGGGGCGACCGAGGACAGGUGGGGAAGCGGCCUCCACUGGCUGGUCUGAAGGACAGAAUUAUUGAGAGACUGAAGCAGUUGGCUGGACCACUGAUUGACUUGCCACCUCGUGAGGAGACUGUCCGUAAGUUCUCUAACCACUGUAGAUUGUGGGUGGGCAACCUGCCAUUGGACAUAAAGGAGGAUGACGUCAGAGAGCUGUUUAAGCCUUUUGGAGAAUAUGAUGAAGUGUAUUUUGACAAGAACAAGGGAUUUGCCUUUGUUCGUAUGGACUACAAAAGCAAUGCAGAAAAAGCCCGCCAGGAGCUCCACAUGAAGGAUUAUAAGGGCCGGCAGCUAAAGAUACGCUUCUCAUCUCCUGGCACGGCACUCAAGAUCCGCAAUCUUUCUACGUGGGUUACUAAUGAGCUCCUGGAGAAGGCCUUCUCGGUAUUUGGUGAGUUGGAGAAAGCCAUUGUCAUCACUGACGAGAGGGGGAGAGCCACUGGAGAUGGCAUCGUGGAGUUCUGCAAGAAACCCUCAGCCAACCUGGCUUUGAAGAAAUGUAAUGAGGGUUGCUUCUUCAUGGUUGCGUCACCACGUCCUGUUAUUGUGGAGCAAAUGGCUCUUGUUGAUGACAAUGAGGGCAUGAGCGAAAUAAAUAUCAACAAACGUAACCCAGAGUAUGUGAAGGAGAGACAGCAGGGUCCUCGUUUUGCCCAUCCCGGCUCCUUCGAAUAUGAGUAUGGCCUUAAGUGGAAACAGUUGUACGAGCUAUUUGACAAGAAACGGGAUGCGCUUGAAAAGGAGCUCCAGGAUGAGAAGAGGAAGUUGGAAGAGCAAAUUGAAUAUGCCAAAUAUGAACAUGAGACAGAAAUGCUCCGUGAACAGUUGAGGCAGAGAGAAGAAAUGAACCAGAGGACUAAAUCUGAUUACGAGGCAAGACAGCGUGAAUGGGAGGAACACCGUCGCACUGAAGAGGAAAGACAGCGCCGGCAGGAGGAGGAACUUUCCCAGAAGUUCCGGCAACAGGAAGAGGAGCUGAGGCGUCGGCAGGAGGAGAACAGGCUUUUCAUGCAGGAGCGUGCCAAUGACUUGAUGAAGAAUGAGAACAGUCAAGAUAGCUUUGGAAGCAGUGGAUAUCCAGGCAAUGAGGGCAGUAACUGGCGCCGCAACAGUGAUGGUUACAGGUCUCAGGGAGGCAGCAGUUGGCGUGGUGGUGGCAGUGACAAUUGGGGCCGUUCAGGCAUGGGGAGCCGAGGGGGCACUGGCUCCUCUGGCAUGGGUAGCAGCUGGGACAGUAGCUGGGAUGGCCGUCCAGACCCUUGGCAGAGUGACAAUCGGAGUGGUUAUCAGCGUGGAGGCAAUGAGAAUGAGCUGCCCCCUCCCCCGACCGCCAACCAUGCUAGUCCCUCCAUUCGCAUCCCAAGCAGAGGGGAAGAGAAAGAGGCACAAGACACAACUAAGGACCCCAACACCUUCUUGGAAAACUUCAACCGCGGGCGUAACUUUGAACAGGAAGGAAUUGACUACGCCGGCCAAAGAGGCCGUGAGGUUGGCCGAAGCCGCUGGGGACGCAAUGACCAUGAUGACUACGGCCCGGCCAAGAGGGCACGCUACUAGACGUGGAUGAUAGGCCAGCCCAUGAGGCUUCUGGGGGUAGUGCUGACCCAUUCAUCCCCCCUCCACUGACCCGACCCCCCGGCCAGCGUACCAAUAGCAGCGGCUGUUCAGGCGUUCGCUGCCGGUGGAUUGGCUGAAGAGGGAUUGGGCUGAAGCAAGAGACCUUAGUACAAUGAGUUUUUUUUUUUUUUUUUUUUUUUUUUUUUUUUUUUUUUUUUUUUUUUUUUUUUUUUUUUUUGCAUCAUUAUUUCACAUGCCUUGUCUGAUUUUCCAUUGUGCCUUGCAUUGAAAUGCCCUGCUGGCUCACCUCAGCCUUGGGUCAUCUGGGUUGAGGGCAGCUGCUGGGGAAUGUUUUCACUGUGCAGCGGGAAGCAGAUAUUUGCCGUGUGAAGUAAUGAGGCACAAGUGAGACUUGUUGUGUGCUGCUGAAUGAAUGGCUUGAUCUGCACUAAUUCUCUAGCUUAUAUAUCCUUCCAUCACAGUUUCUCUGCAGUUUGGGCAAUAGCUCAGAAUACUGUAGAAAGGUUCAGUAUCCAUUAUUGCAGCAUUAUAUAUCCUUUCUGCAAAACCAUUUGCUUCCCCCAUACUACGUAUUAUUAUAUAUAUAUAUAGUUUUGAUGACUGUAAUAAGAAUUUUCUUAUUAGAAUGAAAUUAACUUAGGAAGUAGUUUUUCCGUAUCUUAAGAUGGUGAAUAUUCCAAGCUGGAUUUCAGUAUAUUAUCACUCAACCAAAUCAUUGUAGGAUAAGUUAAUGUCAGGUGUUUUAUGUCAAAAGGCAUUAGAUAUUUUGGUAAAGCAUUAAUUUUAUUUUAUUUUAUCAUAUCCUAGUAUUCUGUCAAGUGUACAAAAGAUCAAAUUCAAAUUUCAUAAUUUGUAUGAAUAAUUGUUGUCACAAUAAAUGUAAUCCUUAAAAUUAAUACAUGUGUAAUUAGCUACUACCUUUCCUUGCCUAGUAGCUCAAACUGGUUUUGGCUCUUUACCCGAGGGUAAAACGACCUAGUGUUGUGCCAGACCACAGUCCUUCACUCAUCUGCCAGAACUGCUUGGAAAGGUUGCACACAUUUAUCAUUCCUCUGUAUGCAUUGCUGUGCCUUUCUGGACAGCCACUCAAUCCUAAAGUGACUAGAGAGAGCACUCUGGAUCAACUUCUUAAGUCAUAAACCUUGAAAUUUUAAGUAAGGAAUGUUAUAACUGCCUUUUUGUUUAUUUUUGGAGAAUAAUUCAAGAAAAUAAUUAAUGAUAGUAAGAAUUACUAUUGUCACCUACUAGCAAAUGUGGAAGAACAAGAAUGUGUGUUGACCAUCAAAUAAUAUUCCAGCAGUAAAUAUUGAGGCAAUACUUCUCCCCAGGAAGAAUGAGAUCAGUCUUAGGUCUGAUGGUAUGGUUAUGAUAGAACUCAUGUAGGCCAGUGGUAAUGCAUUGUGAAGAAUGCAUUGCAGUAACAUUAGCUGCUGCGUUAGAAAAAAUAAAUUAUUUGUGCCUUUCCUGAGUAGAGAUGAGUCAGGAUUUUAGGUCAAUUGAUGUGGCUGAGAAGGUAUCGUAGAUUUUCUUGUUACAGUUGAGAUACUUACUGGACCACAGGUUUGAAUUAACUGCUUAGAUGAGCCUCAAAGUAAAUCACCUGAAUAAUCAGCCUUGUUUCAGUAAAAACCUGGGAUGAGGACUUAACCAUAAAGUGUGCAGUUAGAGGCACAAUUUACCCCUCUUUGGUUGCUUACAGUGUUUAGAGAACCAGUUAGCUGAGGCUCAAACCAGCUUUUUGUGUUGGGUUAGGACAACAUUAAUGGAAGUUACUCUUUGAUGUUUAUGACAUUACUCAUCCUGGCUGUUUGAAGAUUGUAAUGGUUUAAAGGAACUAGAUCCAAGGAUGUUACUUGUCUUGAUCAUUUAGAAGAAAGAAAAAAAAAUGUGGGCUCUUAAGAAACAAAAGUCACCAUCUAGAAAAUUUGUACUUUGAAAGUAUCCUUACUAUAGUAAGAAGAGGGAAUAUUAUGGAAAAUUAUAGAGGUUGUGCACAAGGUAGCAAAUUUCUUUGUUGGCAUACCAGAGGAUGAGUACAGCAUUGUACUCUACGGAAUUUUAUCUUGUUUGUUUUGCUACUUGGACAGAUGUUAAGGAAUUCACUCAUGAAUGCAACAAGCACCUAAGUGUUGUGAUGUCAUCAAGGAACACCACAUAUCCUCAAUGUGAUCCUGAAUUUUAUUAUAAAAGUAAAUACAAGUAAAUAUAAAAGUAAUACAAGAUGUAGCAGAAUAAUGAAGGAUGGAUGUAAGCAGCUGUCCAAUUCUCUCUCUCUCUCUCUCUCUCUCUCUCUCUCUCUCUCUCUCUCUCUCUCUCUCUCUCUCUCUCUCUCUCUCUCUCUCUCUCUCUCUCUCUCUCUCUCUCUCUCUCUCUCUCUCUCUCUCUCUCUCUCUCUCUCUAAUCAUUAAAAUGAGUCAUGAGGACUGUGUAAACAGCCUGCCUCAUCUUACAUAACUGCAUUCACAGGUAAUAGAAAAAAAAUAAUAAGUUGGAGACAGCCUAGAUUAGCCCUCACCUCUUAGGAGAAGAAUGGGCCUCAGUCUGCUGUAGACUUUGAAAACCAAGGUACCUUAAUGGAGGAAAGGAUGCCAAAGUGGACUCAAUACUAAAGAGUUCAACUCCCAAAAAAAUUGCAUCAGUGUACAGGUUGAACUUUGUUCUUGGACACAGUAACUUAUUUUUUAUGGUGAACAGUCGUGUGCUGUACAGCCCUGACAUUUUUCAAAAGCAGUUAUUUGAUUAGACUGAAUUGCCAUUGCAAAAAAAAAAAAAAAAAAAAAAGGAGUUGCCUCAUCACCGCACUGUGUGUGACACAUAGCUCAGCCCCAGGAAAAUUAUAUUUUAUUCUAUCCUUCAAUGUGCUGACUUAUGGAUCCAAUUGCAACCUGCUGCAGGUAUAGUAUGGAAACAAGAAGGUAACUAUGUGAUUGUAUGCAUAUGUUUUGUGUGAGAGAGAGAGAGAGAGAGAAAGAGAGAGAGAGAGAGAGAGAGAGAGAGAGAGAGAGAGAGAGAGAGAGAGAGAGAGAGAGAAUCACUUAACAACUUCAGUUUAUUUUAGGCUCUCAUUGAAAAAUAUCAUAAGUGAAUGGAAUGUUAGAGUUGAUAUGUGUAGAACUUUAAGUCUUCUUGUGUAACAGAUCCAUUAAAAAAAUUUAUACUUGGAUAUUCUUGUAAACUUAAGUGUGUAUUGAUUCUUCUUAUUGAAUAUUAUGAAUAUGGCUUUGUAUAAACAGGUCUUGUGCUUGGCUGCAUCUAGUGAUGACAAGAAAAUGUCAAAAUAAUUUGAAAUUAGAUAAGUAUUCAAAAUAGUGUAUUGUCCUUGAUCAUUUACUGUGAUUGAUGCAUAAUUUAUGUUGUGUAUAUAAAAGGAAUUUAGCUUAGUGAAAAAUUUUAUAUAGAUGACAAUUCAGUGAUAUAUAAAUUAAUUCUAGAGUUAGGCUACAUUCAUUACAAGCUUGCAUCCAUUACCAUUAGGAAUUGCAGUAAAUACAUGAAUUACACUAAUCAUGGACAUAUUACCUUAAGUUUUGUUGUCUUUUACAACUUACCAGGUAUAAAAGAACAUAUUCAGCAAGAUCUGGACCUAACAAUCUAUUAUGUGGUUUGUAUGCUUGCUUGUGUGUGUGUGCAUGUACACGUGUGUAUUCAUGUGCAUGCACACACUCGUGUGUGUGUGUGUGUGUGUGUGUGUGUUGUCAAAAUGACCUGUGGCAUGAUGAACAUUUGAAGUCAUUGAAACUUAUGGUAAAAUGUUUACAUUUUCCAUCAUGUUUCAGUUAGUUACAUAAUCUCUUCAAGAGAGAACACCCUUGUGAAUCUUCACUUCCAAUGGGUGAGGCAUGAUUCAUUCCAUGUUGAUCCUUCAGAACCAACACUGCCUGCCAUGGCAACCUGCCAGCAUUUGUUAGUUGGCAGUGUUAUGUUAUGUGAGGGUCAGAUGAACCAAAGGUACAGGAUGCCAUGAAGCCUUAUAGACUUUGCACUUUAAAUCCAGCUGAGAUGUAAGGAGGGACAUCACAUUUUACUAUUUACAUUCCUUCGGUAAUAUCUUUAAAUCUCGCCUCUCACCAGUUGCUGUUUUAUUCUUAAUAUGGGUAAAAAUGCAUCAUACUGUGUGGGCUCAGUUUAGAGUCAUGUGAAAAAGAGGCAAUAUGACAUUUACCACUGGGUAACACACCUGCCAUUGAUAAGAGGCACUGUUGUGUUCAUUCUCCAUGAGUUUGGUGCAUACUUAUCAUUAUCUAGAGGAUUUCAGUGCUUGCAACAAUUCCCAGAGAAAAUAUUGUCACGAUGACCUGUGUCUCUCCAGCCACACUGCCACAUGAUACCUGGGUUUAUCCACAAGUGAGCUUUGCUUGCCACUCUGCUGCUCCCCUGAUGAUUCCCCAACAUCUGCAAAACAUAUCAGCACAAAACCUGAAUUUCCUCUCAUUUUACAUGAGAAGGCAAUAAGCAAUGAGCAAUGUCUUCAGCAUGUCAUCACUAAACAGAGAAGAAACUUCAUGACUAAUGAAUAGAGGAUACUUUCCUUUACUUAGAUAAAGAACAUUUACUAUUUUGAGCCUUGCAUUAGACAUGUGUCAAUUUUAUCCUACAUGUAUGCAACUGAAAUUAGUAUAGGAAUUUUAUAUUUUAUUCAUAUUUUUGUGGAGUGUAUGCAUUAGGGUUUUUUUUCUGCCAUUCCAUUGUUGUCUAGAACAAAUUCACUUGCUCUCAAGCUCCCCUCCUGCCUUUACGGACCACCAACCUCUCUCAUGGUGUGUCAUCACCCCAUUGCAUUAUUAGGUCACAGGCUUGUUCAUUGCAUUACAGGCUUAGUAUUAGCAUUCAGUGUUGUUACCUGUAUUUUAAUUGGUGAACUCCAUAAACUUUGUUGUCAUAAAAAUCUAUUACUCACUGCUGAUUGAUUCUUUAAAUUUGGUAUUAAUUUUGCACAAACAUGACUAGAAACUGAAUGUGAACCACAGUAGUUCAGAAUUUGAAGCCAAUUGUCAAUUAAGUCCAAUAAAUUGGCCAUAAUCUCUUGUCUCAGCUUAUUAAAAAAUAUGAAGGUUUAAUGUUAAGGAGUGUAUGGGAAGCUCUCAGUCAUGUGGUGGUGGCUGAGAACAAGAUGUGGAUAAUUUGAGUUUUCAAUGUUAACACAAAAAAUGAAGAUUUCUGAUCAUUAUCAUUGCAGACUAUGCAUACUCAUCACUCCACAUGGAAAAUGAGUUAAUAUAAUUAAUACUCUAUUAAGAAAUGUAUCUACACCAGACUGACAUCUUCAUUAGGGUAUGGAGUGGGGUCCCUAGUCCUCACACUUUCCUCUCAGUCAUCUCUUAUGGCUCUCAGUAUUCCACUGUGGCAGCAGUGUGUGGCCAGGAGGCCAAGCUAUAUUUAGGAUAAGAAACUAUGGAUUGAAUUAUUUGUCACUUGAUUGGUCUGAUGUCAUUUGUUGGAUGUUAACAUCAACUUUUGAAAGUGUUAAAAAAGGGAAAUGUCCAUUCUUGAAAAGCAGUUACAUUUGAGACAACUCUGAUCAUUCAUAAUUGUCUUGAUACAGAUCAGCAUGGAAAUAACUUUAAAUUCACUUCUGUUUGGAAGCAAAGAUGUUUUCUGGUGAAUGGCAGGUUCCCCUUCCUCCCCACUUUUUUUUUUUUUUUUUUUUUCUUUUCUCAAGUUAAAACCAAACAUUUGUCUUGUAGAACCAAAUAUGACAUUUCACUUUACUGAUGUCUUUCCUUUAAGGAGAGAACUGCCAAAAAGGCAGCAUUUCCUUACGUUACUAUAAAUUGUGGACCAAAACUAACAUUUUAAUUUAUAUGAACGCUUGUUUCUCCAGAGUUGAAUCAAGUGGUGCUCAUAGGUUCUGCUCUGCCUAUACUCUCAUGUGUGUUAAAACUUGAAUUAAGUUAGGUGCAUGUAUUAAUUGAUUUUUCUUCUGCAGAAAAUAAGCAUCCUGCAUAACUUCCAAAUCACUUAAGUUAUCAAACCAGGUAGGGUCUUUUCAACAAAAAAUAAGGAAAUAAAAAUUAUGGGGAGAAAUAUAUGGAAUGAGUUACUGUAGAAAUGUUUACUUUUCCACUAUUACUGGCCUGUGUGUGAAGUGACUGCAGUGAAUGAGUUCAGUGGAGAUGUGACACUGGCCCUGGCAUGAGUGGAAUGCUAGGAUGUAAGACUGAGUGUGGUGUUCCAUGUUGUGUUUGGUGCAAGAGAUGGUUCCUGUGUCCACAGUAAAGUGAUGAGUGGCAGCAGCAGCAUGGUGCAGUUAGUAGUUCAUGCUGGUGUUUGCAAUGAAGUUUUUGGUAACAAAUUUUUAAAAAGUAGAGAUAGAACUAAAAUCCAGUGUAAUGUAAUGUCAUUCUUCCAGGUGUAGAUUGCCUAUACAUCAAUAAUGAUAAUUGAAACUUAAUAGUAACAUGUAGUGUUGAAUUAGUGGUAACCACUCACCUCUGGCCUUUCUUGGUCCCACAUGUUCAUCAUUGUUGUGUGCACUCUUUACCUCAGUUCCAGUAAGCAGAUUCAGUUACAACAUGUAUAGCCACUUGUAGUGCAGUGUUGUCACAUGCCCUGGUCCCAUUUAUACCACAGCACUUGUGGUUCCUCUAUUCCCAGUAUUCCUUUAUUCUCUGUAGUAUUCAUAACUGAUUCUCUUCUAGUUUUCAUUUUACAGUAUAUUUCUCCCUUUCUUCUGGUUUCACACUAUUAAAUACCAAAUAAAUCAAUUGAUUUAGCAAACAUUAACCAAGUAUUCUCACUUCCUCUGGCUGCUAAAUUGCCCAAUUGUACCCUUAAUUGAUGCAAAACUUUCUUCAUAUAUUGCAUGUUACCUGUCCUUGUAAAUUUCAUGAUGCCAAUUACACCCAAAAGUGUCGAUCUGAAGGUCAACAUUAAUGAUUGGAUGAUGAAAUUAGUAUUAAUUUGCAGACCACAGGAAGAACAGGUCAGAUUCUGAUACAGCUGCCCUGCAUAUAGACUUGGAGAAAAUGAACAUAUAGAUGGCAAAUACAUUUGGUAUUGGUCAGACUUUGUGUGAACUAUGUUGUAUAGUUCUGGUCUCCAUGUCACAGGAUAUUAGUCUGUUAGAGUCAUUGCUGAGAAGAAAUACUUAGAUGCUUUACAAGAGGAAACAAAAUCUUUUACAUUUGCAUUUGAUAAAAGAGGCAAUUGAUGAGGGAUGUAAGUGGCAUAAGAGGGAUACAAUAAGGCUGAUGCAGACAGUAUCAUUUUGAGUCAUUAUUUCUUUUCUUGAAAUCUGGUGACAGUCUUCAGUGUUCACAGCCCAAGUGCUGCCACAUCAUUGCCUGUCUGGCAGGACAAGAAGGCUUCACUUGGCCUAGAGUGAUAGUCUGUCCCUUUUCUUACAGUUUGUUAAGAAUUAUGCAAAUAUUGCCAAUUUCCCAAUUCCACCUGUCAUUCAUUAAAAGUCUUGUGAACUGUCUCAAGCACUCACAACUUGAGAUAACACCAUGAAUCGUUCACAGUGGUUUGCAUCUUUGAUAAAUAUAUAAAACGAGAAGUCUCAGAGCAUAUGAUCCAUCAAUAUGGUCUGUAGAUUCAUAAACUUUUUGCCAGUGUUCAUCAGUAAUAAUAAACUUGGUGGCCCCUGGUGACUAGCUGCGGUGGGACACCUUGUGCAUGCAGUGUUGUUAUGUUGUGACAUCAUGAGAGGAAAGCAUUCAGUUGUCUGCAGGUGUACAGGUAAAAUCGUUCCUUCAGUAAUGAUCCACUAUAGGUAAAUGUGAAGAGGUGCUCCUGGCCUGUGCUCCUGGCCUGUGGCCUAAAUUUACUGCUUGAUCAUAGUGCUCACACAUUUUGGUUUGUUUGUUUUAUUUCAAGAUCACAUUAAGUAAGGGACUGCUGUAAUUGCCCCUACAUUUCAUUUUCAACAUUAUUCUGAAAUCAUAUCUUGGUUGACGUAGUAUUAUGCUAGUUAUCUUCAUUAUAUAUUAGAUGUAAAUAAUAAUUUUUGGAGUUAUGCGCAUCUCUUCACAUUUGCUGCAUAAUAUGUGUAAGGAAAUGGGGCAUUUUUAAUGGAACUGCAAUUUUUGGGUGAUUCUUUAUAUAUGUUGAUUACAUACAUAUACAUGUAUUCCAAAGUAUUUAUUUCAAUUAGGUGUUCUCUGAUUGCCAACCAGAGUGAUAGCAGAUUAUGUCCUUAGCAUUAUGCGCAGUCCAGAGUAGGCAAUUAUGCAUCAUAUACUACUGACAAGUGCAAUGUUGCCAGGUUAGGAAGACACACUGGCAUCAAAGAUGCACCAGUGCUUUAUGCAAGUAAAAUUUUAGAAGAGAAGACCAUGAGAAAAAUGUUUUGAAUGGGAGCAACCAAUGUAUAGUGAGUGUUAAAACUAAAAUAUAUAAGCUUACAGAGAGAGCAUGGGAAUAAUAUUUGGUGAAUAAUUACAUAUCUUUCAGCAUUUCAGUUUUGUUAAUUUGCAAACCACACUUAAAAAGAGAGCAUUUGUUGUGCAGAAAUUUUUAGAUUAUAUUGUUUUAACCAUAUAGAUUUAAAUUAAAUACUGCUAAAAAAUGUUCAUGAUUGCAUCAGUGCAUCUGAAUUACAUAUAAGCAGUGGGCAUUUGCAUAUACUGAUUUUAGCUAUAGAUUUUAUCUCUACAUGUGUGAACAGGAGAGAAACUGACAUUUGGCUAAUGAAAUUAGGAAGAAAAUAGCAUGAAGGCAUCAGAACGAGUCUUGUUCCUGAACACUCCUAUUUUAUGUCAGGGGUUAUUUAACAUUUUACUGGAGGUGUUUUAUGUUAGGGCUACUCAGCAUUAAGUAAUGGGCUGUAUACUCCGGCAUUAGGACAUUGGCUGGAUGGGACUGGAGAUUCUCAAGUCGUGGUCAGAUAGUAUACCAAGAAAUCUUUAGCUAUUUGCACUAAUGUUGAGAGUAACACUUGUAUUUAGACUGGUUUUCAGAUGAAUUAGAAUGAGACGAGGGUCAAGUACCAAGUGCAAAUAAUUUGUCACCAGCUUGUCUCCUGACAUUAAAACUCCUUGCAGACUUCUCCAUGUGAAAGAUUUGCAGAGAAAGAGGAAAGGAGAAAGGCAGCCUAGACAGGUAACUUAUUACAGAGGCCGCAAUGCAGGCUACAGGCGUGGCAACAGGUUGGGUCUGGUGACGUGACCGGUGCCACCCAGCCGGUGAAGCAGCUGUAAGGGGCUGAACUACCCGGGUGGCAUGUGGGGUUGAAGAGGGAGCUGGGCCUGGAGGAUGCACAGGGUGUAGUCAAAGGAGGCAGUUGGGUUGUUUCCACUGCACCCUGUCAAUGCCUGAGAGGUUGGCUUCCAUCGUGGGCAGUAGAGCGGUGCUGUUAUCCACACGAGGACUCUGGCGGGUAGUUGUGUUAUUGACCACCUUAGACUUGCUCAAAUUCUAAUUAAUUUGUAGUUAAUUUUUUUUUUUUUUUUUUUUUUUUUUUUUUAUAUAUAUUAUAUAUAUAUAAAUGGGAUAUAUAUUUUCAAGGGUAAGGGUCUUAAGUGGAACAUUACUAGCCACUCAUUGAUACUUACUAAAAACCAUUAUCAGGUUGAAUUGUUAAGAUAAUUUUUUAUAUUUUAUGAAAAUAUAUUUUUGUCAAUAAUGCAGCUAAAAUUUAUUUUUUAUAAGAAUUUUAAUAAAAAAAUGAUAUAUUAGCCUGCUACAUCCUUAGUCAGUGUGUUGCAACUCAGUACCUUUAAAUAGGUUACAUACAAUUUUUUGAGCCACUUGACCUGUAAUAAUCCAGGAAUGACAUAGUCUUUGAUCCCUGUAAGCAUCAUGUAAGGAUGCUUCAAAACCUCAUCAGAUUCUAGGAUCCAAUGGAAACUAGUUUGGGUGGGAAGUAAUAAGUAAAUAUUUGCUGCUCUCUAUUACCACAAAUUGAAGAUGUUUAGGUGGGUUGUGUAUCUGAGUAUCUUUACUACAUUCAAGUAGACAUGAGUUAAACAAGCAGGACUUGUAAAACUAGUGUUGACUGACAUAAACAAUAAACUACUCAGAGUGGUAAAUGAGGCAGUGAGGCAUUAGGACUAAAUCCUAUGUCUCAAGCUGAUUGGCUGAUCUUAUUGGUCACAAAAGGUGUUCAUUGGUUGACAGUGUUCUAUAGACUCUUCAUGGGUUAAUUCUGAACUUGUCAUUUUGAUACACUUUGAUACUAUAUCUUGGCUCUGUUAUGAAAUAAUUGAUUUGGUGAUUCCAUCUAGAAGAGGAAGGACUGAUUUUCAUACACUUUAGUGCAACUUGGAUCAGUACUCUCUCCUCUAGAGGCUAAGAUGUGAGAGUAUCUUAAUGAAAGCUGAUGUAUGUUAUGUAGACAAUUUGUCUUGGCUACCUCUUUUAAAGGGGGGAUGUCAAACCAGUAUAUAGAUAGAUAUAUCAAUAGAUCAUAGAGUUGUUUGAUUGAAAAUAUAGUAAAUGUGGCAUGAUUAAAGACAACAUGGGAGUACAAGUCAAAUAACAUGUCAAAUAUCUGUAUGCAUGUCUAUUUAUCUAUCUAUCUAUCUGAAAUAGAUGAGUGAGGAAUGUGUAUAUGAUUGAAAGUGAAGGGUCAUAUGUGAGAGGGAUUGCUGCCAAUAAAGUGGCUCAACAGAGUGAAGGAGCGAGGUGACAUCCAAGGUUUUGACUAUGUCCUGAGGCAAAAGUGACUUUUCUGCCAUGGCCACCAUCUUGAGGGAGUUCUGAGGAGGAGAAGGAGCACCAGCCUGAAUACUCAAUACCUCCAAUGCCAUUUCCCCCUCAGGGAUCUAGUCUCAAAGGUACGGCUAUUUUAGAAAUGUCCAUCUCUUCCUUUCUCCAGUUAUUGCCCAUUGCAUGGUCAAAGCCUCACUUGUCACUUCCCUCCAUAACAGCAUUCUUCCUUUCUUGGUGGCAGUAACAUAUUUAUUUACUUUUCUAUGAUUAUCAUUGUAAAAAAUAAAUGAUCACAUU